GACCAAUGAAGAAGAGGGGACGGGCUAGAGGUGGGGCCUGGCUCAGGGUAGCGACGCAGCAGGGGCGCGGCCGUCGGGGGGCGCUAGUUGUAACUCCCUAGAGCUCUGAACCAGGGUUAAGGAAGCGUGGGACCUGCGGACUGGAAAGGGUAUGCGUAAACCACAGAAGGGCAAGGCCCUAGUAUGGUUGUGGGCGGGGCUUGAGCGCCUCGCUCUGACCGACCAAUCCGCGGGCUCGUACCAGCUGCGGAUUCCUCCCGAGGCCCCGAAGACUGCCACAACUCCAUAGGCCGUGGCAGGCUGUCUUCCGGUCCGGGGGCGGGCCCCGUGCGGUGGCGGGAAAGCAGCGGCCCAGGCGGGAGCUGUGAGACGCCGAGGGGUGGGAACGGACUUGUAGCGUGAACUCUUCAUCAUGGACGCAGCCGAGGUGGAGUUUUUGGCCGAGAAGGAACUGGUCACCAUUAUUCCGAACUUCAGUCUGGACAAGAUCUACCUAAUCGGGGGGGACCUGGGGCCCUUCAACCCCGGCUUACCCGUGGAAGUGCCCCUGUGGCUGGCCAUUAACCUGAAACAGAGACAGAAGUGCCGUCUGCUACCCCCAGAGUGGAUGGAUGUGGAGAAAUUGGAACAGAUGCGAGAUCAGGAGCGGAAAGAGGAGACAUUCACCCCAGUGCCCAGCCCGCACUACAUGGAGAUCACCAAGCUCUUGUUGAAUCAUGCUUCUGACAACAUUCCCAAGGCAGACACGAUCCGGACACUGAUCAAAGAUCUGUGGGACACACGCAUGGCCAAGCUCCGGGUGUCUGCUGACAGCUUUGUGCGGCAGCAGGAGGCACAUGCCAAGCUUGAUAACUUGACCUUGAUGGAGAUCAACACCAGUGGGGCCUUCCUCACUCAGGCACUUAAUCACAUGUACAAACUCCGCACAAACCUCCAGCCCUCUGAGAGCACACAGUCUCAGGACUUCUAGCCAGAGGCCUAUGAUGUGCAACCCUUGCUGUCUGCUGGUGUCCAAGCUCUAGACCUAUUAGGCACUCAGCUCUGGAAGCAUGAUGGUGGAGAGAGAGGUGUGCAACACGGGUGGAAGCCGUGAGUUUGCUACUCGUUUCUGUCAGAACCCAGCCACACUGCAAGUUCAACUUCCAUCGUAUGUGGAAACCACCACCAGCAUUUCUGUCUAAUGAGCACAGAGUCCUCUGCAUACUACGCACAGCUAGUACUCAGGCCAUUGUAGUUCAGCGUCUUCAAGUCUGACCUGUGAAAGCUGUAUGUAGUUGAAAACUGGGGGGGGGUGCUAAUAGAAAAUGAUUUUCCUCUUAACAUGAUUUAGGAAGAUUUUAUUUUUGGGAUGUCAGAAAUUACAGCAAUAUAUUCAUAAAUACCUAAUUACUACAUUCAACAAAUAAUAUUACAAUACAGUUAAUUCAAACAAGUA